UUAAAACCAAAGAAGAAGAAGUAGCGUCAGAAGAGCAGCAUGAUGGGAUAUGAGAGUCCUCCGGCGGCGCGCUGCCGCCAUGUCACCUAGAGAGAAACAUUUAGUGAUUCUUCUAGCUCUAGGCAUAGUUACUCUCGCUUUUUAUUUUAUUCCUACAUUUAUUUUCGUGACUUUAAUUAUCGCUGUGUGUUGUAUUGUGUUUUAUUAUCUCAGCGGAGAACCGCUUCCCGCCAGGCUAGGCCUCAAUCCGCGACCUGGAGUGAACCUCCCGUCCGUCCUCCGGCGCUGGUUGUGGGGUUGGGGGGUAACCGGCGUGUCGGUGGCCGCGCGGGGGAGAACCAAGAGCGGCAGAAACAAAACCGAGCUCCGUGACGUAGAGGGAGACUUCAGAGAAAGGAUAGUUGAAACUGGGAUUUAUCGGAGGGAAUCCUUGGCAAGUGACUCUUUUCUUUUCAGCCCUCGGGAUUUCCUCAUGGGGAGUUACAUCGGGAAACCCGAAAGUCCAAUCGCCGGCUCAGUGAGGCCGAGAGCGGGGAGAAACCCCCGAGAGCAGCUGCGGGAGAAACUGUCCCGACCCAACCAUGCUGUCUACAGCCCCAACAAGAGGCUGUCUUUUGCUGGGGAGCCUCUGGGCACAGCUGGCAGAUUCACCAUCACCCCCCAGCGUCACUAUCCCUUGCAGCAGCAAGGAGCCUCCUUGGUGGGAGUCCUGCCUCCUGUCCAGUGGGAUUUAGGCUUCAGGAAGAAGAACAUCCUCAGCCCCCGAAACUCUCCGGCUAUCCUCAGCCCCGUCACUGUGAAGAUCGCCCGGCCGGACCACCACCACCACAGCUCCCCCAGUUUGGACCAUCUGAGUUGUGCAGGGCUCCCCAGGGCCCCCGUGGACCCUUGCUCCAGAGAAAGUGUCCUCAAGGUGCUGAAGGAAAGCCGCAAGAGAGAAGUGGAGGACGAGGACAAAAGCUUAACAACUGAGCAGAAAAGCAAAAGAAGGCGUAAUGACAGCGGUGGAAGUGCACACUCUGCUUUUGAGCCUCUUCUGCCCAACGGGACACCAUCACAGCUGGUCCCUAAGCCAGGAAACCUGAAAAGAGGGAUAGCCUCUCUGGCGGAAGACUCCAUCAUGAAGAGGUCUCGCACAUCCUCCAUCAGCUCUGGCAGUGGGGCCCAUGCCCCAAGAGGAACCCCGGGCACAAGGAGAAACCCCAUCCAGAGCUCCUACAGUUCUUCACUAGGCCUCAGUCAGUGGAAGAAGCGGUCAGCACCCAGCUCCCCUCUGUCCAGUCCCGGAUCAUCUCGCUCGGAGACUCCAGAGGGAGCCUCCAAAAGACCCAGAGAGGACGACGGGCUGUCUCCGAGCUCAGCAUCCUCUGUGAGGUCAGACCAGGCGGCCUCAUACAACCCACCAGUUACUUCCAAACUGACUCCAGUCCCCAAGGUCCCAGUCACUACCUCAACAGACUCUGCUGGUAGUGGUGGAAAGAGAAAACGCAAGAUCCAGCUGGUGUCCAGCCACCGGGACGAUCACAUCUCUCUGCCUCCGCCUCCGGAGUUGGGCUACACCAUCACUGUGAAAGACCUCGAUGAAGAGAAAAGAGCUGCCCUCAGCAAGAUCCAGAAGGUCCUGGAGAUGCCCGCUCCGGAGCCGGAGAAGUCUGCCUCCCCCCCGGCCGCCAUGACCACCCAGCUCGGCACCUCUUACAGCUCCACCAGCACCACCACCCUGAGCAGCCUUCUAGCAGCUCCUCUGCCCACGGCCUCCAGCUCUGCCAUCCCGGUCAUCAAUCUGGACCCCAGCCCAGGCAGCAGCGUCAGCACGACCCCCGCGGCCCCGAACCCACUGCUGGAGGCUCUGAAGAUGAAGAUCAGUAUUCCUUCUAGCGCCACAUGUGCUGCAUCCACCACACCGGUACAAUCCAGUGGCUUAACCCUGAAGGUUUCGACUCCAGUGGUGACCCCACAGCUCCCUCCCGCCUCCCAGUCUCAUUCCUCCUCUGCAGGUGUGGCGCAGCCCUCUGCCUUUACUCAUGUACUGGGUCAGGUCUCUAAGGCUUCCAGCGGCACUACACCUGUCACAGGAACAGGCUUGUUUGGAUUGGCGAGUCAGAUCAGCUCCCCCACUGCUUCUUACACGGCCACUGCGACUGCUCCAGCCAGCAGCUCAGCGUCAGUCGGUAAUACCAACCCUCUGCUGGCUUCAGGGUUCAAGCCAAUUUUUUCUGUCACCACCACCUCCACCCCCGUAGCUACUUCAGCCACUGAGAGCAAACCUCCUGCCCAAAAUUUCAAGCCCAUCUUUGGAGCUGCCACUGCAGGCUCCGGCUUUGGACCGCCUCCACCCUACACAACCACAAACCCACCUUCUACAGUUUCUUUAAGUGGCGGAUCCUCAAUGUUUGGAUCUACAAGCAGCACCAUAGUUACCCCAUCCGGUUUCCCCGGCAUGACCAAUGUCCCCACCUGCACAGCCUCCACCGGCUCCAUCCCCACCACACAGCCUGCAGGCCAGCCAGCUGUGAAAUCCCUCUUUGGAAACUGGUCUGCACCAUCCACAACAAGUACCAGCUCAGCGUCAGUGCAGGCCCCUAAUACAGGGAGCACAUUUCAGUUUGGAACUGCUACCACCACUACUGCAGCCGCCCCCGCUGCUGCCAACACCACAACCUCCAGCAACGGGGCUUUCGCUUUUGGUGCCACACAGCCGGACCCUCAAGCAGCAAACCAGAAGGUGUUUUCCUUUGGCCAGGCAGCACCCAGCCAGAACACAACCACUGCUUCAUUUGGAGGUUUUGCCAUGACCAACACGGCUGCCACCAAUGCUGCCGCCACCACCCAGUCCAACUUCGCCUUUGGAAAGCCGUCGUUUCAAGCAACGGCGGCGCAGUCGACCUUCGGCGCCUCAACGGCAGCGCAGUCAACCUUCGGCUCCUCAGCGGCAACGGCAGCACCGUCAACCUUCGGCUCCUCAGCGGCAACGGCAGCACCGUCAACCUUCGGCUCCUCAGCGGCGGCGCAGUCGACCUUCGGCUCCUCGGCGGCGGCGCAGUCGACCUUCGGCUCCUCGGCGGCGGCGCAGUCGACCUUCGGCUCCUCGGCGGCGGCGCAGGCGACCUUCGGCUCCUCGGCGGCGGCGCAGGCGACCUUCGGCUCCUCGGCGGCGGCGCAGGCGACCUUCGGCUCCUCGGCGGCGGCCCCGAAACAGUUCAGCUUUGGGGGCAGCGGGGUGGCCUCAUCCACACCUUCUAACACCGCCCCUCCUCCUUUCCCUUUCGGGUCAGCUGCUGUCACCACAGCAACCAGCUUUGGGACCCCAGCUAAACCAGCAUUUGGAGCCAGCGCCACUGGUUUUGCUUUCGGUAGUACCACUGCUCCCUCAGCUGCACCCUCGGGCUUCGGUGCAGCGACUCAGACUCAGAGCUCCUCCUCAGCAGGCUUCACAUUCGGCAGCGCUGCUCCUCAGCAGGCUCCCUCCGGCCCCGCUCAGCCAGCACCCGGUGGAUUUAACUUUGGUGCCGGGAUGCCAUGCCCCCAGUUUGGAACCCCGGCCCCCAAUAAUCCUGCACCACAGAUGGGAAGCUUCAACUUUGGGGCUGCUGCUACUGACAAACCCGCAUUUGGGACGUCUACCCCAUCCUUCGGCCAGAGUGCUGCUGCUGCUGCUGCUGCAGGUCCCAUUCCCUUUGGAAGCCCUGGGACUCCAGUCCAAAACUUCAACGCUGUUCCUUUUGGGUCUCCAGCGACACCCUCCUUCUCUAUCGGAGCCGGAUCAAAGCCAUCUGGAGCUCGCCAGAGGCUGCAGGCGCGGAGGCAACACAACAGGAAGAAGUAACUGGCUACAUGUGUCCGGCACCGCUUUCACAGGACUCCAGCUGUCGCUGCUCCGGUUAAUCUGGCUAACAUUGCUCUGUUUCUAAACCCAACACCCCCCAAACAACCGGGCCGAAACCAUGCCCUCUGCUCCCUUCCCCUCCUCCGGUGGGGUGUGCUGGCCCCGAAAAGCAUUGCGUUUGCAGAGGAGUUAGAAAGAGCACACCGGCUGGUUGAGUUAAUGCUGCCUGGAUGACUACAUGACCCAGAGAGGGAAUGUAGCAGUGAGGAGACAGAAUCCAUAACAAUGUACUAUACUUGAAGAGAGAAAAGACAAUUCAGUAGUUUUGAUUUUGAACAAAAGCAUAUCCAAAGUUCUUUUUUUUUCUUUUUUUCUUUAUAGUAUGUGGACACUCUCAUUGGUUCGUCUUAAGGAGGAAGUUGAGUCAGGCAAAGACACGGAGCUCACGGCUCAAGCGUUUAUUUUUUUACGUGAAGCGCUCACUGGUUUGUAUAUUACAGAGUAUUUGAGUGCAUUAUCUGAAUGAGUCUGAAUAGGGCGGAAUGCUCGGUUGAUUCAGAUAAGGUACACAACACUGCAGUGUAAAUGUAAAGUUAUGAGACGUUUGCAUUUUAAAUUAUUUUUUUAAUUGGCUCUCUGACCCUGUAAAUGAAUGUGUUUUCUGCACUUGAAGGGCGACUUAGUAAAUGUCUUAAUGUAGUUGGCGCAGACCCUUGUGUUCCUUUUUUUUUUUUUUUUUUUCAUACUCUUUUGUCAUUGCAAGCAUUCCCAGAGUCCGCUCAUGGACGGCCUUGUUUUUUUUUGACUGCCAACACUGAUGUAAUGAGCAGGUCAGUGAUUAGGAUGACUUCUCUUAACUUGUGCUGACUAAACCAAAGCCAACUCUUCAA